AGACACGAACGUGGUAAUUUUCCAAGUUAUUUAAAAAUAAAUCUCCAAAAUUUAAAUCUGAUUUCUAUUAAUAUUGUCUUGCGCGCUGUUUAUUCCCUUACAAAUCCGAUGACAACUUCCUCACUCUCUAACUGACGCGUGAAUUAUACGUCAUGUGAUGAUGACGUGUUGAGGUUGGAAAGACCACGCCCUUAACGGACUACAGCACUAUUUCUGAGCGAAAUCACCAAGAGAAAUUGUUUACGAUAACAACCGUUACAUCUGACUUGUCAUGCCAUACUCGCUAUGGACUGCUUGUGCCCAGGAACAUAUGUUUAACUAAAUGGCAUGUGCUUUAUUCUGAGAAACUGUGUCGUUAUUGGGCAAAUGGACUUUUAUAUAAUACAGAGCUGCACGGGAGUGGCGUGUUCGUAAGCGCGCAGCAGCAGUCGCGGGGCUGCGCAUGUCGGAGUGUGAGCUGAACUCUGUCUGCACCUGGACUGUGUGUUCAAAUGCGUGCCGUGCAAUAUUAAUGGGUAAGAUUGAGGAUGACUAGCGGUCAUUUGGGCUUCUUAACACGAUGACCUUCCUCAUCCUUAUCCUCGCUCAGUAUGGCGGAGUCGGAUGGUGUGGCGUUCUCUGCGUAUCGAGCUCAAAGCAGCAUGGCUAACAACAAGAACAGCACGCUCCGUUGUACUUUUUCGGCCCCCAGCCACAGUAACACUGUCCUGAGGGGGUUGUCUGCCUUGCGUGCACAAGGUCAGUUGCUGGAUGUGGUUUUGGCCAUUGACAACGAACGCUUCGAGGUGCACAAAGCGGUUUUGGCCUCCUGCAGUGACUACUUCAGAGCCAUGUUCACUGGAGGAAUGAAGGAGUCAAACCAGAACACCAUAGAGCUACAAGGUCUUUCAGCCAGAGGACUGAAGCACAUUAUUGAUUUUGCCUACAGUUCUGAGGUCACUCUGGACCUGGACUGUAUUCAGGAUGUUCUCGGAGCAGCUGUGUUCCUGCAGAUGGUGCCUGUGGUGGAGCUUUGCGAGGAGUUCCUCAAAUCAGCCAUGAGUGUAGAGACCUGUCUGAACAUUGGCCAGAUGGCUACCACUUUCAGCCUCUCCUCCCUUAAACAGUCGGUCGAUGCAUUCACUUUCCGUCAUUUCCUGCAAAUCGCUCAGGAAGAUGACUUCCUUCACAUUCCAAUGGAACGACUGGUUUUCUUCCUACAGAGCAACAAGUUGAAAAACUGCAGUGAGAUCGACUUGUUCCAUGCGGCGAUCCGCUGGCUGCAGCACGAUGAAUCCAGACGAGCUGUCGCCAGCGAAGUGCUCCGCCAUGUGCGCUUCCCACUAAUGCGGUCAUCUGAGCUGGUGGACAGCGUCCAGACUGUCAAUAUCAUGGUGGAGGAUGUGCAGUGUCGACAGUUCCUCCUAGAGGCCUUCAAUUAUCAGAUCCUUCCUUUCCGACAGCAUGAAAUGCAGUCACCAAGAACUGCCAUUCGUUCAGAUGUCACAUCGUUGAUCACUUUUGGUGGAACACCCUACACUGAUAACGAUCGCACCGUUAGCAGUAAAGUUUGCUAUCUGCCUGACAUCACAGCACGACAAUUUAAAGAGCUGACAGAGAUGGAGGUGGGAUGCAGCCAUGCAUGCGUGUCAGUUUUCGACAAUUUUGUGUACGUAGUCGGUGGGCAGCAUCUGCAGUACCGCAGUGGAGAGGGCGCAGUUGAUGUCUGCUUCCGCUAUGACCCUCAUCUCAACCUGUGGCUUCGAAUCCAACCCAUGCAGGAGAGUCGCAUUCAGUUUCAACUCAACGUUCUCCAUGGACAACUUUAUGCUACAGGGGGGCGCAACAGAUCUGGCAGCUUGUCUUCUGUAGAAUGCUACUGCCCCAAAAAAAAUGAGUGGGCCUAUGUGGAUUCUCUGAAGAGGAGAAUCUGGGGUCAUGCCGGAGCAACAUGUGGGAAGAAACUCUACGUCUCUGGUGGUUAUGGAGUGUCCGUAGAGGAUAAGAAGACUCUGCAUUGCUAUGAUCCAGCCUCCGAUCAGUGGGACUUUAAGUGCCCCAUGAAUGAACCGCGAGUCCUGCAUGCAAUGGUCAGCGUGAAUAACCGUAUUUAUGCCCUUGGUGGCAGAAUGGACCAUGUCGACCGCUGCUUCGAUGUUCUGGCUGUAGAGUAUUACAUUCCAGAGACUGAUCAAUGGACAACAGUCAGUUCAAUGCGUGCUGGUCAGUCUGAAGCUGGCUGCUGCUUACUGGAUAAAAAGAUCUAUGUAGUUGGAGGAUACAACUGGCACCUCAAUAAUGUUACCAGUAUUGUGCAGGUUUAUAACACAGAAACGGAUGAGUGGGAAAGAGAUCUUCAUUUUCCAGAAUCUUUUGCCGGAAUUGCUUGUACACCUAUCAUACUUCCCCAAACCACCACCCUACGCUGAGAGUUGGGUCAACACAAAACACAUUCUAUAACAUUUGCUUUUUUUUUUUUUUUUUUUUUUUUUUUUAGACUUUAUGGUUAAGUGUCGACCCCAAAAGCAACAGAAGUAAUUACAAAAUUGAUUUGAAGUUUAUGAAGGGAAGAUUUUCCCUUAUGAAAAGAUAUUUCUGAAUAUCCCAUAUGCUUUUUAAAGAGCAUAAAUGAUUCAAAGGGAUAUUUAACCCAAAAACGUAAAUUCUGUCAUCAUUUACUCACCCUCAUGUAUUUCAAAACACGUAUGGCUUGACUGACCUGUCUUCUGUAGAACACAAAAGCAGUUAUUUAUAGUAGAAUGUCCGAGCUGCUCUUAUUCAUACAAUGAAAGGCAAAGGGUGAGCAUGGCUGACAAGCAGAGCUUCAAGGCAAGAUUUUAAGUGAAUCAGACUUAAUUUUUCAGUCUGUUCCUCAAACAAUGCUACCAUAUGGCUUCAGAAGAUUUGGAAUAUUGUGCACAAGUCGUAAGGACUACUUUUAUGAUGCUUUUAUGGGGCUUUUUCGGAGGUUAACCGUCCUUGGUCAUCAUCCACUUUCAUUGUAUGGAAGAAAGCAGAGUAAAGUAAACAUGCUGCUAAACAUCUCAUUUUGGUGUUGCAGAGAAGAAAGUCAUAUGAGUUUGGAAUGACAUGAUGGUGAGUAAAUGCUGAUAGAGCACUUUAAGGACAAUUCACACAACUGCGACUUAAUGACAAAAGCAUAAACUUAUCUGAUGAGCUUGUUCAGAACACAAAGCAUCUUACUACACUUUUCAAGCAGUAAAGUCUAUGUGAAUCUUAUUGUUACUUGUUCAUAACUGUCAUUAUUAUGAAAAGAGGCAAUGCCAUCAGGCCUCUAUCUCCCUAAAUAUCCAUUUUAUUUUAUUUUUUAAUAAGAGGCAUAAAAGUUCACAGAAUUUUCACCAGUCUUUAAAAAAAAAAAAAAAAAAAAGAAACAAUGAUUUGUUUGCAAUGCAAAUACGAAAAAUUUACCUAGCCUCUCAGUUAAAAAAACAAAAAAAAAUCACAGUAAGGUAUUUCAGAAAUAGUGUGAAGUUCAGAUAGCUAGCUACUGUAGCUAAAAUUUGAACAGCAUUGUCCUCUCAGCCACUGCUUCCAGACUGUCUAGUUCUGACAUACUGACAACUUGCUUUCCUGAUGAAAUUAAGAAUUAGAAGUGAGGCAUCUUUCUACAAACUUCUCAAAGUUCUUCUAAAUGCGAGAGUGUGAUAUUAGUUCUCUUUAGUAAGUUCAGUCUCUCCACAUAUGAAUCAAGAUUCUAAAAUGUUUGGCUGGUUGAUUGUUUUGAUCUGUUUUCGGAAUAGAAAUUAGAAAUUGUAAACAGUAAUCAGAACUCUGGACAGCUAUUACUGUAUAUAAAACAGGCAAUAGAGAAAAAACUAAACAACUUUACAACCAACAGUGUCAUUGUUAUAGCCAUUUUAUAUUCAAACAAUGCUUGGAACUGAAAAGUCUAUGCAUUUUAUUUUAUUUGUAUUUUUUUAUUUGUAUUUUUUUUUUUUUUUUCCACUGGAUAAAAAUGUUUAUAACCUUUGUCUACCUACAAUUUGUUUUAUUUCACAAACUAAGCAAGCGCACUUCAUUGUGCACUUUAAUAUUCAUGAAUUUAAUGACUGAAAUAUUAGGAAGGUUGUUCUAGCAUUGUUUUCUCUGAAUGUAUCAUUUGUACAGAAUGUUAAGGGACUGGGUCAUAUAUGUUGAACAAAGGCCGAAGAUGUUGGUCCUACAUAAAUAACAGACAUUCCUGGACUCUUUUCAUUAUAUUAUGCUGACAUGUUUCCCUUAGAGAAUAUGUGUAUAAAAUGCUACAUUCUUAAAUUCUUUGUGUGUACAUUUAGAAUAUGAUGACUUGGUUGUUGUUGAUCACAUUUGUGUUAACUUUCUUUAAGGUGUUUAAAUGUGUUUUUUGUGCUUUCUAACAACAUAAAUAUUGUUCAUUCUGUAUAUUUAGUUAACUUACCAUGAAUAAUGCCAUAAACAACUGUCACCCUUAGCUCAGGAAUCAUUUACUUUACUUGAUACUUUAUUGUCCACUGAUGUGGAAAUUUUCCUUUGGCUUCUCACCACAAUACAAAAACACACAAUCACACACAAGAUUUCCAUGAGACCAAAUUAAAAAUAAUACAUAGUAAUACGCAAAAUCUCAUUCAUUAAUGAUCACAAUUGCAUAACCAAAUCAAAAUGGAACAAACAAUCAUUACACUCCUCAAUUGAGCAGUCUAAUGGCCAUAGGUACAAAAUAAUUCUUAUAAACCUUUUUUUUUUUUUUUAUUGUAUUUUUUUUUUAUUUGGAGCCCUGUACUGCCUUCCUGGUGGAAGCAUUACAAAUUCAGCAUGCAGUGGAUGUGUAGAAUCGGAUGUAAUUAUCCUUGCCCUUCUGAGCACUGCAUCCUGAUACAGGCUGUUCAACUGGAGCUGUUGCUUCUCGGUUAUUUUACAUGCUAUUCAAAUAAUUCUAGUUAACUUAUUCUUGCUCCUUAGACCUGUGUUCCCAUACCAGGUCGUAAUAUAAAACAUUAAAACACUCUUCACUUGACUUUUAUAUACCAUUUCCAAGAUUGAUUGGUCAACAUUAAAUCUCUUUAAUUUUUGCAUGAGGUACAAUCUUUGGCUUGCUUGCUUAAAAAUAUAGUUUGUAUUCACACAAUAAUCCAAUGAUUUGUCAAUGUAUGUACCAUUUUUUUUUAAAACUCUCAGCAUCUCUACGACCUGUCCACUAAGUACUGUUCUUCUCAUCAAUUGCUGUUCAUCCAAUUUAACAUUUAAAAUCAGUUCCUUAGUUUUCUUUACAUUUAUAUGCAAUGCACUUGAUUGACACCAUUCCAUAAGAGUCUUAACAUUCUUCCUUCAUACAGGCUUCCAACAAUAUCAUAUCAUCAGCAUACUUGAUUAAUCUAGCUGUUUGAUUCUGAGUCUGUAACUCAUUGGAAAACAAAAUAGGUGACAAUACACAACCUUGAGGAGCCCCUGUAUUUAAGACCAGUUCAUUAGAGAACAUACCAUUCAUAAAAACUUUUUGUGGCUGAUCUGAAAGAAAAUCUUUGAUCUAAUGUAUCAAAUUAAAAUUUACAUUAAAAUUAAAAUUUAUGUUGUACUAAUGUAUUGUUGGAAACCUUAAAAGGUUAAAGGAAUAGUUCACCCAAUAAUGAAAAUUCUCUCAUCAUUUACUCACCCUUAUGCCAUCCCAAAUAUGUAUGACUUUCUUCUGCUGAACACAAACAAUGAUUUUUAGAAAAAAUAUCUCAGCUCUGUAGGUCCUCAAAAUGCAAGUGAAUGGGUGCCAAAAUGUUUUAGCUCCAAAAAGUACAUAAAUCAGCAUAAAAAUAAUCUAUAUGACACCAGUGGUUUAAUCAAUGUCUUCAUAAGCUAUAUGAAAGGUGAGGGUGAGAAACAGAUCAACAUUUAAGUCCGUUUUUACUAUAAAGUCUCCUGCCUGCUCAGUCAAUCACCACUUUAACUUUCACUUUCAUAUUCUUCUUGUGUUUUCGGUGAUUCAUAUUCUUCAUGCACCCCUACUGGGCAGGGAGAAGAAUUUCUAGCAAAAAUGUACUAAAAUAUGGAUCUUUUUCUCACCCACACUUAUAUAACCUUUAAAUAUAUGGAUUUAUCCACUGGAAUCAUAUGGAUUACUUUUAUGCUGCCUUUCUGUGCUUUUUGGAGCGUCAAAAUUUUGGCACCCGUUCACUUGCAUUGUAUGGACCUACAGAGCGGAGAUAUUCUUAUAAAAAUCUUAAUUUGUGUUCUGCAGAAGAAAGAAAGUGAUAAACAUCUGGGAUGGAAUGAGGGUGAGUAAAUGAUGAGAUAAUUUUCAUUUUUGUGUGAACUAUUCCUUUAAGUUGAGACUGCCGAGUUAGUCAGCUGGGUCCUAACGCAUUUAACAAAUGGCCUUUAAUCUUUUCCUAUGGGACUAAUUUCACAGAUCAGCCUUAAUUAACCUAUUUAAAGCACUUAAAGUGCUGUUGCCCAGUCAGCUUUUCUUUUCCAAAUCACAUCAUUAGUUUAAAUUUUAAUAAACAAGAAAACUCAUAUUAGUUUUAUGAAUAGCUCUUUUAUAGCAUGUAGUUACAUUAAAAAAAAAAAGUUAAAUAAUUUUGUGGACGUAAAAUAAAUGCAGUUUUUAAUUUGAUGUUUGAAAUUAUGUAUUACAUUUUGAAAUGUUUGGUAUUACACAUUUUGAAAGAUCACUGAAUGUAUUUCUCUUUGUAGCACGUUUUUGCUAUUACCUUUGUACACAUUUUGUCUUCCAUUUGUGAAAUUACUUAUGUGUUUUGUGUUCUUAUUUAUCCAUAUGCUGUUACAGUUUGGUCUAAAUAAAAAUGCAGUAGAUGUGUAUUGUCAGCUGUGACAAUUUAUAUAGGUAAUCAAAAAAAGUAUCAUUACAAAAUUAUGUUUCUUUACAUUAAACGUGUAAUAUGUUAGUAA